AUGGUGGCGGCAGGCAGCGCCGCUAAGGAGCUCUGGGCGCUGGACUUUGAUGGCGUGACCUGCGACUCGGUGGGCGAGUCCUCGCUGAGCGCCUUCAAGGCUGCUGCCAAGCUGUGGCCAGAGGUGUUUCAGACGCCAGAGGCGGAGGCCCGCAAGGAGGAGCUCGUGGAGAAGAUGCGGGUGGUGCGGCCGGUGGUGGAGACGGGGUACGAAAAUAUUGUGCAGAUCCGGUGCCUGCUGGAGGGGGUGGACCCCACCGACAUGCUGCAGCGCUGGCACGACAUGCUGCCAGAGUACAUGCAGCGCUGGCAGCUGGACCGCGUCGAGCUUGUGCACCUGUUUGGCAGCACGCGGGACGAGUGGAUGGCGGCGGACCUGGAGGGCUGGCUGGCCCCCAACCGCAUCUACCCGGGGGUGGCGGAGGCGGUGCGGGCGCUGAUGCAGCAGCACGAGGUGUACAUCGUCACCACCAAGCAGGCCCGCUUCACCGAGGCCAUCCUGCGCCAGAUGGCGGGCAUCUCCUUCCCCCCGGACCGCAUCUUCUCCCAGACGGUGUCGGGGCAGCCCAAGAGCGAGGUGCUGGAGAUGCUGGCGGCCCGCCACCCGCAUGCGCCCAGCCUGCACUUUGUGGAGGACAAGAUGUCCACGCUGGAGAAGGUGGCCAAGCUGCCCAGCCUGGAGCAGUACCACCUGUACCUGGUGGACUGGGGCUACAACACCCAGCAGGAGAGGCGGCGGGCGGCGGCCAACGAGCGCAUCGCGGUGGUCGACAUCCAGCAGUUCAUGCGGCUGGCGGGAGCUGCGGAGAGUGCCACGGCAUGA